AACUAGUCUACUAAUUGAGUUGAAGCUAUUGAAAAUGAAAUCCUUUGCUGCCAUUAUUCUGUUUGCCCUGGUCGCUGGGUGCAUGGCUGCCGUCACCGACGAACAGAAGGACGCCGCACGUCAACUGGCCGGAAAAUGUAUGCAACAGACGGGGACCUCGGAAGAAUCUGUGCAGCGUCUUCGCAACGGCGAUACAUCCGGUGCCGAUGACAACACCAAGUGUUUCGUGCAGUGUUUCUUCCAGGGUGCUGGAGUCGUCGAUGGCGAAGGAAACAUGCAGGAAGCGUUUGUGACGGAAAAGCUGGCCAACGAGUACGGUCAAGCCAAGGCCGAGGAAGUGGUCCAGAAGUGUAGAAAUAACAGUGGCCCCAAUGCUUGCGAGCGUUCGUUCACACUGUUCCAAUGCUACGUCGCCAACCGUGCUAGUUUGAUGUGAGCAAAUUUCGCAUAAGUUUUUAGGAGAUUCGAUCCUCUUUUCAAAAGGCGUAUUUCAAUCUGAUUAGGUUUUGUAACUCAAAUAGGCACAAUAAAAAUAAAUUUCUUUCAAUUAGGCCAAAACUAGGGUAAAAAAUAUAAUUUGGACAUGUGUGUAAUUCGGACAUGCACGGCGAUGUAUGUCUUGUUCCGGAGAGCUAAUAAAAGUAGAUACUUCACAAUAUCGAUUAUUGAAUCAAACAGACCCCAUUCUGAUGACUUACGUUGAAAAUACGCUUAACAAUUGAAAAUUUACUUCAAAAUUAUCGAAAAUGUAAAUUGUUUCACUAAAACCCCUCAAAUGCACAGGUAUGCAAGACGACAUACACAGUCACAUACAAUAUUCAUCUGAAAAUCGUUGAAUUAAUAAAUGUAAGAAAUUUUGAAGCUUUUUUGCAAUGAAAAAUGUACAAUAAAGAAGUAUUAGGCAGCCAAUCUCUUAACAUUCAUCUAGAACGCUUAAAAUAGGUGGUGUCCAAAAUACAUAACAAGUUUUCUACUGUAAAUAUAUUUUGGUCAUCUGAUGAACUACAUGGAGAUGCUGUGCGAUUGCAUACCUGGAGGCGUAUUCUGUGGGUCUGGUGAUAUUUCCACGAUUUUAACAAAAACUGUAAUAGUUAUAAAAAUAGAUGC